GGACUCCAUUUCCCGACGUGCCUCGCGCCGGCUGAGGCGAUGGUGUGAGAGAGCGAGGGUCGCCGCGCCGCCGCCGCCUGCCUUCCCUCGUCGGUGCCGCCGCCGCCGCCGCCGCGAUGCUGGAAGAGGCGGGCGAGGAGGUGCUGGGCUCGGUGCUGCUGAAGGCCUCGUGCCUGCCGCUCAGCUUCCUGCUGGUGCUGCCGGCCGUCCUGCUGCUGCUGCUGGGCCCGCCGCCCGCCUCGGCCGCCCACGAGUUCACCGUCUGCCGCAUGCAGCAGUACGAGCUGGGCGGGCAGCCCUACGGCACAAGGAAUGCCGUGCUAAACACAGAGGCGCGCACCGUGGAAGCGGACGUGCUGAGUCGGCGCUGCGUGAUGAUGCGGCUAAUAGACUUUUCCUUCGAACUGUACCAGAAGGCCCUCCGCCAGUCAGCUGGCGCCGUGGUGAUCAUCCUGCCGCAGAGCAUGUCGUCAGUGCCUCAGGACGUCAUCAGGCAAUUCAUGGAGACGGAGCCUGAAAUGCUGGCCAUGGAGACCAUCGUGCCGGUCUACUUCGCCAAGGAAGACGACAAGCUUCUCUCCAUCUACGACCAAACGCAAGCAGCUUCUGCAUCCCAAGGCUCGGCCUCUGCUGCUGAAGUUCUCUUGCAUACAGCCACUGCCAACGGCUUCCAGAUGGUGACCAGUGGAGCUCAGGAGCAAAGCUGUUAGCUUGACUGGCAGAUCACCAGCGAUGGAGGUGGAGGGCGGUUGACCGGCCUGGGAGGAGAAGACCUGCCUACUAUCGUGAUUGUGGCCCAUUACGAUCUCCCUUUCAUGCUAGGUCUGCAACCUUGGCUCUCCCACGGGGCCGAUUCCAACGGCAGCGGCGUUGCAGUGCUCUUAGAACUGGCCAGGUUGUUUUCUCGCCUCUACACCUACAAACGGACCCAUGCCGGGUAUAAUUUGCUGUUCUUUGCAUCCGGAGGCGGCAAGUUUAACUACCAAGGGACAAAGAGAUGGCUGGAAGACAACCUGGAUCAUACGGAUUCCAGCUUGCUGCAGGACAACGUGGCUUUUGUCCUGUGCCUGGACACUCUGGGCAGAGGGAACAGUCUUCACCUGCACGUCUCGAAGCCUCCGAAGGAAGGGACCCUUCAGCACGCUUUCCUGAAGGAGCUGGAACUGGUAGUUGCCAGCCAGUUCCCGGAAGUGACGUUCUCCAUGGUGCACAAAAAGAUCAACCUGGCGGAAGACAUGCUGGCCUGGGAGCAUGAGCGUUUCGCCAUCCGCCGCCUGCCGGCCUUCACGGUCUCCCACCUGGAGAGCCACCGAGACGGCCCACGCAACAGCAUCAUGGACGUGAGGGCGCAGGUGGACUCCAGAGUUCUAACCCGCAACACCCGGAUCGUGGUCGAGGCCUUGACGAGGGUAAUCUACAACCUCACAGAAAAGGGGGUUCCUGCUGACCUCCAGGUCUUCACAGAGCAGAUGCAGAUCCAGCAGGAGCAGAUGGAGUCGGUGAUGGCCUGGCUCACCAGCCAGCCGAGGGCCGCUCAGCUGAUCGACAAGGAGAGCACCUUCAUCAGCACCCUGGAAUACUACAUGAGCCGGUACUUGAAAGAUGUCAAGCAGCACCACAUGAAGGCAGACAAGCGGGAUCCAGAGUUUGUGUUCUAUGACCAGCUCAAGCAAGUGAUGAACGCAUACAGGGUCAAGCCUGCCAUCUUUGACCUUCUCCUUGCACUCUGCAUAGCAGCCUACCUCGGCGUGGCCUACGUUGCAGUCCAGCAUUUUGGGCUCCUUUACAAGCUGGUGGAGAGGCUGUCCCUCAAGUCCAAGCAGCAGUGACCGGAGCUUCCUCCUUUCCAAGUCGAGCCGUCGGACGGAGCCCCUCGCAGCCGUCUUCUCCCCGGUUGGAUUCCACCGCUGCCACUGGUUGCUGCUCCCCGCCACCUCUGCCCAGUGGAAUGGAAGAAGAGGCUCAGAAUCCGGGACGCUCUUCCAUUCUCGGCACCCUGCGGUCCUGUGUUCCCUCCCCACUGCUGCCGGGGCCACCUGCAGAUACGCCACCGCUCUUCCCAGACUGAUCACGUACGGGGAAGCUCUCCUCACUGUCGGAAAUCGCUCUGUCAACAAAGACAGUUCUGUAUUUGUGAUGCUACUGAACUAGGAGGGAAAACUCUUUCCUAUCUCCAGCUUGGGAGGCAGAAAUCUGGGGGGCCAGUUUUGGGGCCCGCCUGUCAGAAGAGAGGACUCGGAAAGGAGCAGUCGGGGUGGGGGGGAUCGUGUUGGGUUUUUUUAAGUGCACAUGUAAAUUAAAGGACUACUAAGAGGUUUCUCCCUUCA